AUGGCAGACUCUGAUGCGCAAGAGACUCGCCAACCUGCAAAAGACUCUCCGUUCUCCAUAAAGAACCUGCUGAACAUCGAAGACAAACCAGCGAAGCCCAAAAGCUUCCUCGGCUCGUCCAGAGGAGUCUUUGAAGGCAACUUCUUCUCUCGGCUCGGGGACUUGUCCUUCCCUCGGUUUGAGUUGCCCACACAGAGAAUUGGACUAUCAGCGCAGUAUUUGGAGAGAGCGUCUACCUGGUGGUACCCAUACACACUCGGGACUCAUCUCAGGACUGGAGGGUCUGAGAAGGCCAGCCUGAGAGAAGUUUCGCCGGCACCGGACUGCAGGCGAUCCCCGGAUCUCCAAAAAAUAGACCAAGAUGCCAAAGAGGAAAGCGCCGACGAAGAUAUCGCGCUGGAUGAAAGUGACUCUGAAGAGCCAAAGAAAGAAAUAGACCAGGAAGACGACUGGAGGAGGAAAACGGACGAGCUGGACUCCGAUAAAAAACACUGUCGAAAGAAGAAGACGCGCACGGUGUUUUCCAGGAGUCAGGUCUUCCAGCUGGAGUCCACCUUCGACAUCAAGCGCUACCUGAGCAGCUCGGAGAGGGCCGGCCUGGCUGCGUCCCUGCACCUGACAGAGACGCAGGUGAAAAUCUGGUUUCAGAACCGGAGGAAUAAGUGGAAAAGGCAGCUGGCCGCGGAGCUGGAGGCGGCCAACAUGAGCCAUGCGGCGGCGCAGAGGAUUGUGCGUGUUCCCAUACUUUACCACGAGAACGGAGCCCCAGAAUCGGCCGGGGGCCUCGCUUCAAACUCACCGAGCAGCCAGUCACUGCUGGCUUUCCCCCACCACAUGUACUAUUCCCACCACGUCCCACUGCUGAGGCCUGUGUAA